AUGUCUAAAAAUAAUUUAACAGGUGCUCAGAUAAUUGCAAAAUCUCUUAAAGAGCAAGGCAUUAAUGUGGUUUUUGGAAUAGUUGGGAUUCCAGUAGUCGAGGUUGCAGAAGCAAUAAUAUCUGAAGGAAUACGCUUUAUAGGUUUUCAUAAUGAACAAUCACUUAGUUAUGCGGCAGGAGCUUAUGGAUAUUUAACAGGAAGACCUGGUGUGUGUUUAGUAGUAUCAGGCCCUGGUGUUGUACAUGCAAUGGCAGGUGUCAUGAACGCAAAAGUAAAUUGUUGGCCAUUGUUGCUUCUUGGUGGUUCGUCAGAUAUUUACCAGGAAGGAAUGGGUGCUUUCCAAGAAUUAGACCAAGUAACAUUGUGCCAACCAAACACUAAAUAUUCAGCAAGACCAACUGAUCCAAAACAAAUUCCAAAUAUCAUUGACAAAGCUAUAAAGUUUUCAAUUUAUGGUCGACCUGGUCCUGUUUAUGUUGAUCUACCUGCAAAUUUCAUACAAGCUACAAUUGAUAUUAGUAGCAGUAGUGAGGCCGUAUCAAUAAAAUUUCCCAAAGGUCCGAUUGAUCCACCUAAAUCAUUAGCAAAUACUGAUGAUAUUAUCAAAGCUGUACAACUAUUACAAAAUGCUAAAAGCCCAUUAAUAAUUAUUGGUAAGGGUGCAUCAUAUUCACGAGCUGAAAAAGAAAUCAAUCAAUUGAUUGAACAAACAAAUAUCCCGUUUCUUCCAACACCAAUGGCUAAAGGAGUAGUACCUGACACACAUCCAUUAUGUGUUGCAGCUGCCAGAUCAAAAGCAUUAAAAGAUGCAGAUGUGAUACUAUUGUUAGGUGCUAGGCUUAACUGGAUACUUCAUUUCGGUUUACCGCCUAAAUUCAAUAAAAAUGUAAAAAUCAUUCAGGCAGAUGUAUUACCAGAGGAACACUAUCAAAAUUCUAGAAUCUAUGUGGCGUUACUUGGCUAUCUACCAAAUGUUGUUUCACAACUCAUCUCAACCAUACAAACAACACAUUUUAAAUAUUCAAUUGCUAACUCAAGUUAUUUUCAAUCUCUGAAUAAAAAGAUCAAUGAGAAUAUCACAACAGUUCAGAAAAAGUUUCAAGAUGAAAAAAUUCCCAUGAGUUAUCAUCGUGCAUUUUGGGAAAUUAAGAAAAGAUUGCCAAAAAAAAAUUUUGUUAUGGUUAGCGAAGGUGCUAAUACUAUGGACAUUGCAAGAUCUGUUUUUGAUUUGGAAGAGCCAAGAUGCAGAUUAGAUGCAGGAACUUUUGCAACUAUGGGAGUUGGGAUUGGAUUCUCCAUUGCAGCAAAAUUAUGCUAUCCAAAUAAACGGGUAAUAGCAAUUGUUGGUGAUUCAGCAUUCGUUGUACGUGCACAAAUUCCAAUUCUAAUUAUUGUAAUCAACAAUAAUGGCAUCUACCAUGGGCUUGAUGCUGAUUCUUAUGCAAAAAUACCAAUCAACCAAUUACCAUCAACAGCUUUACUACCAAAUCUAAGAUACGACUUAGUAGCUGAUGCAUUUGGUGGCAAAGGAUAUUUUGUAAAAUCACCCAAAGAAUUAGCUAAUGCUCUUGAAGAAACAAUCAGUGAUGAGAGUAAUAGUUGCAUUGUUAUUAAUGUUAUGAUCGAACCUGGUGGUAAUAAAAAAUUGGAAUUUGCAUGGAUGGAAACAACUAAAUCAAAAUUAUAA